AUGUCACAAUCGGUAUUGAUUUCGAACAUACGUUUAUAUGAAUUUAUUCGAGAAAAAUGUAACACAGCUAUUGUUAAACAGAAAAGUACAAGUAGCAAUGUAAUUGAUGUCAAAUGGGUACAGACAGUUGCUGGAGGCCAUGGACGCGGGGAUGCCACCAAUCAACUUGAUCAACCUCAUGGUCUUUUUAUUGAUGAUGAUCAAACGAUGAUCAUUGCUGACCGUGAAAACCAUCGUAUCAUCCAAUGGAGGAUGGGUGAUAUCAAUGGACAAGUGGUAGCUGGUAGCCAUGGCCCAGGAAAUCAAUUGCAUCAAUUGAAUGAACCAACAGAUGUAUUGAUCGACAAAGAGACGGAUACUCUCAUUAUAUGUGAUCGAAAAAAUCGACGAGUCAUAAGAUGGUCUCGUCGUAGUGGCACAACACACGGUGAAAUCCUCCUCAACAAUAUCCAUGGUUAUGGAUUGGCCAUGGAUGAUCAAGGAUAUCUCUACAUUUCUGACACCGAACAUCAUGAAGUAAGACGAUAUAAAAUAGGAGACAAGAGUGAAACUGUCGUGGCCGGUGGACAUGGCGAAGGCAAUGGUCUCAAUCAACUAAACGUGCCAAUCUACCUCUUUGUCGACCGACAACAGGCUGUCUACGUGUCGGACAACAACAAUCAUCGUGUGAUGAAAUGGAAUAAAGGCGCAAAAGAAGGAAUUGUCGUUGCUGGUGGUCACGACCAAGGAAAUGCUCUGACAUCAUUAUCUCAUCCUCUAGGGGUGUUCGUUGAUGCGUUGGAUACUGUUUAUGUGGCAGACUGCGGGAAUCAUCGAAUAAUAUGUUGGCCUAAAGGAUCAAAACAGGGCACUGUUAUUGUGGGUGGAAAUGGUGAAGGAGAAGGAGCAAAUCAGUUGAAGAAUCCCAUGGGUUUGUCCUUCGAUAGACAUGGCAAUCUCUAUGUCGCUGAUUGUAAGAAUAAUCGAGUACAACGUCUUUGUAUCGAAUAG